AGAGGAAAAUCUGAGUGGAAAGUGUUUAGUAUAAAUUUGUGAAAAACCAUGAAGUUUGACAUUGUUGACUUCAAUGUAAAAAUCUUAAACCUAAUAAAAAUAAAUAAUUUGGAGUAGAAAUGGCUGAAAUUAUGCCAAUUAUCUGCGAUUCUGGCAUCGAAAACAUGGAAGAUGAAGAAGUGGAGCCGAAGUUUAAGUACCAACGCCUUGCUAACGACUUGAAAAACAUACUUAAUACUGAUGUAAUAACGUGCACUGCUGUACAUUUAAAGUUUCUUAUAUUUGGCACUUUUCGAGGGCACGUAUAUUUAUUGGAUCAUCAAGGAAAUUCUGUGGAUUCAAAUUUGGGUAACAGCGGACGUCAAACUCAUCAGGUGGCAGUUAAUCAAGUUGAUGUGGACCCCAAAGGCGAGUAUGUGGCCACAUGCUCUGACGACGGAAAAGUCAACAUUACUGGUUUGUUUAAUAGCGAGAACAAUCAAAAUUUAAGUUGCGGAAAAUCUAUAAAAGCAGUGGCGCUGGAGCCCGAUCCUAGUGCUCGCAGUAGACGAUUUAUUGUGGGUGACGACAAGCUGAUCUUGUACGAGCGCAACCUACUUAAAAAAUUUAAGCCAAUUGAACUGUGCUCAGUUGAAGGCAAUGUUCUGGCGAUUUGCUGGCAGGGUAGUUUUGUUGCCUGGGCGAGUCACAUAGGUGUUCGGGUCUAUGAUUUAAACGAAAAAUGCUCGCUUGGAUUAAUGAAAUGGGAGAUUCCUACAGAGGAGCGUUUAGAAAACUUUCGUUGCCACCUGCGAUGGACAAACGAUCAUACUCUGCUAAUUGGUUGGGUGGACACUAUACGAAUUUGCCAAAUUCGCAAGAGAAAUCCUAUCGAAGCAUCAUCUAGCAGUCUACCAGGCUAUAUUGUGGAUCCGAUCUCCACAUUUCAAACUACUUUUUAUAUAUGUGGACUUGCCCCUCUGACAGCCAGCCAGUUAGUGGUGCUUGGCUACCGCAAAAGACGAAGCGAUUCUUUUAAAUCCCUUCGUCCGGUUCUGUGCGUUAUUGAAUACAAAAUGAACACCAGCGAAGAGAUUUGCACAGACAGUUUGACUUUACGUGGCUAUGAGGAAUACACCGUAAAUGACUAUUCUCUUGGUUGCAUAGUCGAGGAAAAUCGGUUUUAUAUUGCUGCUCCUAAGGAUGUAGUCGUAGCUAGCCUUAUCGAAACGGAUGACCGCAUAGAAUGGUUUAUUAAACACAGAAAAUAUGAGGAAGCAAUGGAACUGAUAGGCACAUUCGGAAGCAGCAUGCCGGUUCUUACUGUUGCCAGACAAUACAUAAAUCAUUUACUGACCCUAAAACAAUAUGACGAUGCUGCAAAACUUUGCCUUCGCAUGCUGGGCAAUAACAAAUUACUUUGGGAAGAAGAAGUUUUCAAGUUUGUAAAGUGUCAACAAUUACGAUCCGUUAGUGCCUAUCUGCCAACGUCGAACGAUUGCAAACUUGAUCCCCACGUGUACGAGAUGGUUUUGUACGAGUUUUUAAAAUUUGAUAUAAACGGCUUUCUCAAUCUCAUCAAGGAGUGGCCAUGUCAGCUUUACGAUGGCUUGGCUGUUAUUAACGCCAUUCAUGAUAACUUCCGCAAGCAGCAUGGCAAUCAGUUGCUUGAAUCCUUGGCUCUUCUUUACUCAUAUCAAGGUGACUUCGAAAGCGCACUUCGCAUGUAUUUAAAGUUGCAAAAUAAAGACGUCUUUGAGUUAAUACGUCGCUAUGAGCUUUACGAUGUUAUUUCCAAAUUAAUCAUACCACUCAUUCAAUUGGACCGCGAACGAGCAUUUGAGAUAUUAUUAAACAAAAAAAAAAUCAAGCCCGAGAUUGUUGUUCAGCAACUGGAACACAAUCAAGAGUAUCUAUAUUGGUACUUGGACGCCCUCAUAAAAAAGGACCCUAGUAAUGUCUUUCAAAAUAAAUUAGUGUCCUUGUAUGCUAAAUUCGAUCGGAAAAAACUUUUGCCGUUUCUAAAGCGUUCAAAGGAUUAUGUCAUUCAGGAGGCGCUAACCAUAUGCAAACGGGAAGGUUUUUAUCCAGAGAUGGUUUAUUUGCUGGGUUGUAUGGGUGGAGUGGAAGCUAUAGAAGCCUUAAAUAUCAUAAUUUACAGCAUGAACAACAUAGAUAUGGCUAUUGAGUUUUGCAAGGAGCAUGAUGACAAUGAUCUUUGGAGUCUGCUUAUCAACGAAUCUACCAAGCAGCCCGAAAUUGUGACCAAAGUUUUGGAUGGCAUCGUAGAAUAUGUGAAUCCUGAGGUAAUCGUUUGUAAAAUUAAAAGCGGUCAGAACAUUCCAAAUCUGAGAAAAUCACUCGUUAAAAUGCUUUGGUACUACAAUAUCCAAAAGAAAAUGUUUGCCUGCGCGCAAAAAAUUCAGCAGGAUGACUACUUUCAUAGCCACUCAGAUGUAGUGAGCCUGCAACGACGUGGUCAGCAGAUUUCGUUUGAACACCUAUGUACACUGUGCCAACGCCCCUUGCUAAUUAAUAGUGUUUACAAUUGUAUAACGGGUUUUAAGUGUGGACAUGAUUACCAUGAGCCCUGUUUAAAAAGCAGCACUACCACCAAACACUGCAGUCUUUGUAAACUAACGAUCAGUGAUAUAGCUGGGGAGAAAUAGGUUCAUGUUCCCAUGCUCUUUUAUGCUGACUUUAUUUGUAAUUUUUAUAAAUUCUGUAAUAAACUGUAUAAUUAUU